AUGCCGGGCUCGAAGCAGAGGUUGAUUGAGUUAUGUGGCGUCGGUGACCUCGAAGGCUUACUGUCAGAUUUCUGGGUCGCACAUAAGGGAUCGACCCCGGAACAGGGUGGCUACGUCAUCUGCGUAGCCGAAGCGCGAGUUCGGCUCCCCUAUGGAGUAGAUAAGCUGUUCUCGCUCGAGAUCGGCGACAUCCGCAGCCAGGUGCAGUCGAUGGAGCACUUUGGGCGCAUCUGGGACACGCUCAGCCCGCAGAACUGGCUGAGCUUCUUCGGCAGCGUCGUGGGCGGCUCGCUGUGGUCGCGCGGGGCGCCGGCGGUGACGGCCAAGACGCUGACGGCCGAGGACAUGAGCGAGCAGCUGAACGAGCUGCUGCAGCAGUCCAUCUAUGCCUUCACCAAGCGCUGGGGCACGCUCAUCAACGACGCGCAGAGCCGCAAGGCCGGCGUCAAGCCCAUCGCAAAUGUCGAGGCCGAACUCGACGGCAUGCUCAAGGGCGCCUUCAACAACCAGCCCGACGUGGUGGCCAAGCUCAAGGAGGCGAUCCGGCUCAACGCAGAGAGCGAGGGACAGGUCGGGGAAAAGAGGUUCCGUCCUGGCCGGCGCUACAAGGCAUUUGUGCGUGUAGUUGGGGCGCCGGCGGUGAAGCUGUCCUGUUCCCUUUCAUAG